AUGGACAAUGUGACACCUGGUGCCCUUCCAGGUGAGAUGGACCCGAAGGACUACAAUUACCUGGCCCUGGUCCUUGGUGUGCCCCUAAUUCUGAUCAUCAUCCUGGGGAAUGUGCUGGUGUGUCUGAGCGUGCUCACUGAGCGGUCCCUGAAAACCGCCACCAACUACUUCAUCAUCAGCCUGGCGGUGGCCGAUCUGCUGUUGGCCGUGCUCGUGCUACCGCUGUACGUCUACUCAGAGUUCUUGGGGGGGAUCUGGACUUUGAGCACGUACAUCUGUGAUGCUCUGAUGACCAUGGACGUGAUGCUGUGCACUGCCUCUAUCCUGAACCUGUGUGCUAUCAGUGUGGACAGGUACAUUGCAGUAGUGGUCCCCCUGAAAUAUAACAGGAAUCAGUUCAGUGUUCGUCAGUUGGCCCUGAUCACUGCAACCUGGGUGCUGUCCCUGGGUGUGGCCAGUCCAGUCAUCUUUGGUCUGAAUCAGGUGCCGGAUCGCGAUCCAAGUGUGUGUAAAUUAGAGGAUGAUCGCUUUGUGGUGUACUCUUCCGUCUGCUCCUUCUUUGUGCCUUGUCCUGUCAUGCUCUUCCUUUAUUACUGGAUGUUUCGAGGCCUGCGGCGUUGGAGUGGGCGGAAUCGCUCUCAGGCAGGCCUGGCUGGUCGGCGAGCUCUCUCUUUACAACUCAGCUCAGCUCUACAGCGAGCUAAAGCCACAACAACUGGCAAUCAAGAAAAGGUUGUGUAUACUGCACCCACAGGGCUCAGCCCCAUCUCUCCCUCCACCAUAUCCAUGGCAACGCCCUCAGCAUCCCCAGUAACAGAGGAACAGCAGGACGGUGUAGCAGUCGUGGCAGACAGCGACCCAGUGACAACUCAGAUGGACAGCAUGUCAGACGGUGAUCCCACAGAGAGGAGGGAGGGAGGCAGCCGCCGAGAGAAUGGCUUGAAGAGCAGCACUGCAAAGAGAGGGAGGAGGCACAGCAAGACCAGCAGGGUCAGUGGGCGUGAACGCAAGGCCAUGAAGGUCCUGCCCGUGGUCGUAGGUGUGUUUCUGGCCUGCUGGACUCCAUUCUUUGUCGUCCAUGUCACCAAAGUUUUGUGCCAAUCAUGUGACAUUGGUCCCACCCUCAUCUCCGUGGUAACGUGGCUCGGCUAUGUGAACAGCGCCAUCAACCCAAUCAUCUAUACAGCCUUCAACGCUGAGUUCAGAAACGUCUUUCACAAGCUGCUCUGCUGUCAGACAUGAAACCAACAUCUCGUCUCAAACUCAAUCUCCCUGCAGACUUCAAAACAGGAAGGUUUCCAACCAAAGCCUUAGUUUGGAUCUCGGCUUGAAUGAAACACAGAUUGUCUCUUAUUUUGAAGGGUUUUAAUGUGUGUGGGUGUGCUCUUAUUUUAAAGGUUCGGAAAUGUUCUUAUUAAGCAGAGCAGUAGUGAAAUUACUGCCAUAUAAUAGCCCAGUGGCAUAAAACCUGCAAACGUGUUGAAUCAUCAGUGUUUUUGAUAUCUGAGUAUUUCCAUGUUGAUGCUUUUAAAGUUUGCAGUUAAUUUGAUUAUUUUUAUAGUGUUGGCAAUUAUUUUUGUGACUGAAGCAGAAAGCUUCACAUGGCCCUAAAUGUUUUUAUGAGUUUUGUGGUGAAGCUCAUUAAGGUUGUAGUAUUUUGAUCUGUGGCAUGAAAGUGAUGAAAUGUAGCUGAAAAAACAUCUAUGUCAUUAGCAUAAAAAACAUUAAUGAGAUUAAAGACUUUCUGUUGAAUUGAACCAGGUGAUAAUUAUGCAUUUGAACAAAUGCUGAUCUGUAGGAAAACAGCAGAUACCCCAGCAGACUGUGAGUGGGGAUCAUAGUCAGGUGUGUUUUAUGCUAAAUGUCACUGAUUUUAAAAUUGUCCACAGGAACACAAAGAACAUGACAAGGCCAUGUUUGCUGAUUAUCAACAGAUCCUGCAGGUUUGAUAACUUAUUAAAAGGAUGGAGAAGAAAAGUCUGAACAUGAUGUAGAACCACUUUUCCAUCAAAGAAGCUUUAGUUUGUUCACCUGUUCUUAUCUGGUGUUGCCUGAAUCCUCAGAGGCUUGUCAGUGAAACUGCUCAUUCACUUUUUGUUUUACUGUAAUGACACAUCUAUUGUGGGUGGAGCUCCUGUCCACCUGUCAGAAUGGUCCCGGAGGUAUUUGAGUUUUUCCGCUGUCAGGAACCACAAGUGUGUUUCUGAAGUAGGUUCAUCACAGUUUGACGUUAUAAACUCCUCCAUCAGUGAUUAAAUGAAGGCACAGGGAGGCUACCUCUAUGAUCAGUCAUAGAAAACACAGGUAACCAUGAUAAUGGAAAGCAUCUC